AUGGCUGCAGAUGAAAAACAAAAAUCAAAGAGCAAUGGGAAAACACUCCCUCUACCACGUCGGCAAUCAACAGAAGAAAUCAGUUGCGAUCGAUCCCACAAUGCCUACGACAUCUGUUCAAUCAACGGCCCAACAGUCCUGGAUCCCGCAACCUCCACAUUUUUUCUAAUGGACCCCAUUAGCUCGACCCCACAAAAGCCCCUAGUGGAAAAAGUCCGACCAUACGCUCGCAAGAUGGAGAAUUUGACGAUGUCCUUAAUCACAGAGGUCACCCUCGUGGCGGGCCCUCCAAGCCCAAAAUGUGAAAUCCAGCACAAGGCUCCGGCCCUGGUAUUUAGCGUUGGCGGGUACACCGGAUUCUUCCACGAGUUCAAUGAUGGCUUCAUCCCCCUUUAUGUCACUAUCAAUACAAUCUUCCCCGAUCAAGAUGUUGUGCUUGUGGUAUCGCACGCUCGUGAUUGGUGGAUUCACAAGUACAGUGAAUUGUUACGCACUUUCAGCAAUCACCCUAUCAUAAACCUCGACAAUGAUACUGCCACCCACUGCUUUCCUUUUGCCAGUGUGGGUAUGAUAACACAUUAUGGUGUGGCCAUAAACCCUGCAUUGACACCAAACUCAAAAACCUUCAAGCAUUUCCGCGCCUUCCUCGGCAUAGCCUACAACCAAAAUCAUAAGGUCCAAAACCUUCCAAAAUCCCGACCACUUCUUGUGUUAGCUGGUCGCACUGGCAGCAUUGGUCGCUUGCUCUUAAACCAAAAUGAAGUGAAACUUGAAGCAGAAAAAGUUGGUUUUGAUGUGACUGUUUUCGAGCCAAGACGUGGGACCCUUCUAAAGGAAUCCUAUGCGUUAAUAAAUUCGAGUCAUGCAAUGGUCGGGAUACACGGCGCAGCGCUUACACAUUCUUUGUUUCUCCGACCUGGCUCAGUGUUUAUGCAGGUGGUGCCGCUUGGGGCGGAAUGGGUGGCUGAGGUUUGCUUUGAAAGGUCGGCAAGAGCUAUGGGAUUAGAAUACAUGGAGUAUAAGAUAAAGGCGGAGGAGAGCAGCUUGAUAGACAAGUAUAACAAGGAUGAAAUGAUUAUAAAAGACCCAGUUGCUUUUCGAGGAAGCUACAUUUCCAAUCUUGAGACUAGGAAAAUAUACUUGAUGGAUCAAAAUGUUAAAUUGGAUAUUGUAAGAUUUAGGGAGUACUUGAAGGAAGCAUACAUAAAGGCCAAGAAAUUCAUGGACAAGGAAGGGUAG